GUAAAAAACCAGAAGGUUCAAGUUCAUCUCCGUCGGGGUGCAGCACCAGCAGACAUGUUGAGUAAGUCCGUUGGUCACCUCCGAACGUGGUCCUCGAGUUGUACUAGACGAGAUCAUGAAGAAAAUUAUAACCGCCAGCAGCGGUCGCGCUCGACAGCCGACGUCACUGGGGGGAAGAACAAUGGUAGUACAACUCGAGGUACCUACCAGUUCAUCUCGUCGUACCAGCGUGCCUGUGGAGAGCGGCAAGGCAUUAUCGAUGAGGAAGCCGAAGACCAGCAGGCGAGACGCGUUCGAGGAAAAAAGGAAAAGAACAUGAAGAACGGACUCAGGGUGGGUGUAGGAGCAGUUGGAGGUGGACAACAAAAAAGUGUGACUAAUGAUAGUGUCGGACACGAACAACAAACGAAACAGCAAUAUCUCCGGAAUGACCAAGAGAAAAGCAAAGAGGCGAGCUAUAAUCAUCUCCGUCAUGCUGCUUCUCUACAAUUAUCGAAGAACUCGAGUCGCUGGCAACAUGAGAUGAAGAACGCUAGUACUACAAGCACAGCUACUGCUACCACCUCGUCAGCCGGCAAAAACAGUUUGAAUUCCCUUUUAUCUUCGGGCAAGCAGAAUCUGAAGGUCAUUCCCCCACGGCGGUCGCAGAAGUCUUUGUGCACGUCGACCAACAAGGGCGUUGACCAUUCGACACAUCAUGAUGAAACGGGCACGACGAGUGCUCCUGCUCUCUUCCGUCCAAACAGCGGAUUUUCAUCUGCUGGAAAGAUGGCGGAAUCUUUAUCAAACCAGGAAGAAAUCAAAGUCAUGAACUACAAGGCGAACACAGACAGUGUGACCCCUCCCUACGCUUUUUCUGCAAGCGCGGUUCCGAAACUGAAUUUGGGCCAUCUGUUGUUGACGUCAAGAACCAGUACGCCGGCUUCAGCACCAGAUUUGGCUGUAUCCAAACAAAAUCUUCAGUCGAAAAUGCCAUUCUGGGAUCAAGAUGUCAACAAGAAAGCCGUGUACGAGGAACACGUAGAAGACCUUGACAACAUCCACGCUACGACGAGCAAAACGCCCGAAGUUGUAAAUGACUGCACCUACGCGGCCGUGACCACCACCGUUCACCGAAACGCCAGCUCCGGCGGGGCUUCUUGGAAGAAGAUGAAUAGCGUCAGUCCCUGUUCCGCGGCGUCCACGGAAUGCCCUAAGAUAUCCAUGAUGGACUUGACUGGUUGCACUUCUAUGCUGGGUGGAGACGGUGCGACGUCGGUUUCCGGUGGAGGAGGAGGUGGGUCUUGCGGUGGCCAUGCUGUUCCUGGGAGCAGUAGUUCAACGGUUGAAGGCGCAUCUUGUUUCGUCGAGCACAAUGACACCACAGCUCAUGAUUUAUCGACUUUCAACAUCUCGUCCAGUGGUGCGGGGAAGGAGAACGUAACGACCUGUAUUACAACCGGUACGUCUAGUGCAACCCCAACCGAUGCUGGACAAGCGCAACAACUUUCUGUCAACACGCCGACCGUUUUAUUCGAGCCCCCGCAGCCGGCGUCAAGUUGGUCAGAGGAAGACGGUGUCGAUUCGCGUGCCAUUGAAACUAAGUCAGGUUCGACUGUCUACCGCAACAAACCUGCGCUCCCGGAUCCAGACGCUACUUCUAGAACAGGCUUCUCCUCUACUAAGAACAAAACACCAUCGCAAUCACACUUAGGAGGUUUUGCAUCAGAAAUUUGCCUUGCGUGACAAAUUUUUAUUGUAUUGCAAAAACACAAAGGGCAAUCGCCUAUAUCUCUUGACUGUAGUGAUGCAUUUUUGCGCAUGACAAAAAUUUCUUGUAUUGCAAAAAUGUGCAAACGUGAUUGUGAAGAUGGUGUUUUUUUCUUGAAUAUCUAGAACACACCGAGGCGGCGUUGCGAACCCCUACACGAUCUUUCAGAAUGCGCGUCCGGACGAGAAAGUGACACUUCGUACGCCACGAGGAUUCGAAGUGCAGCCGGCUGAUAGUAGAAGUGCAGCAACUCCUGGGGCGGGUGCUUAUGCAAAAGAGCCAGCACCAGCAGCAACUGCUACUGCAGCCCCGGUCGCUCACGCUCAGGUCGUGUCCGACGAGCACGAGCUUCCGGGUGUCAUUACAGUACAACAGCAAGAACACCAGGAGCAGGAAAUUUUCCACCCGAAAAGCCCGCGGAUGCACCGGCUUUUGUCCGUCGGAAGCUCCUGCGGCACAACCACCAGCUUGGGCCGGCGCGGAUGCGCGCCAACAACGACGACCUUCAAUGCUUCGUCGUCAAAUAGAGAUAACCCAUCCACAAGCUGCACCAAUAAAGUCAUCCGCAAAGUAGUCGGAGGCGGACAGCGGUUUUUGGCUCCGCCGCCGCCGCUGCAGCAUACGUUGAUGGGAGUUGGAACAGUACUACAGCCUGGGUCGUUGUCACGGCGAAACAGUGCGUCAAGAUUCUCGUCCCCUGUGAGUCGCGGCGUAACGGAGCACAAGGUGGCCAACAGUGUGAAAAAUACUGGGCUGGCGCCGACUGGCAAUAGCAAUGUCACAACUUCAACCUCGAUGUUGCGCAGGAGCCUUUGUCCGAGUCCCAGUGCAGCGCGUGGACAACGUCUCAGCGACGACCCGACACUUGUUAAAAAUCACUCUGGUGGUGGUGGUGAUGGUACCGCGAAGAUUGUUCAAAGCCUACAACAAUCCACACGGAGUGCGGCUUGCCAGAGAACUACGCCGUUGAGUAUGAGUCCCGUUGUGCUUUCGCCGCGGCCGCUGCCGGGUACAUCGCAGAUUUUGGCCGCGAAAACGGAGCAGAACAAGGUUGCGAUUCCGACGCCAACCUCAAUCAAAUUUUCGCUUGGCCUCACACCGCCGAAAUUGUCGCUGUUCCCACCGGGAAUCGGGGGCGGCGGGGAUCGUGAUGAGAUGAACAAAGACGGUGGCGGGCAGCAGGUGAAGCUGCAGGCGCGGAAUAAAACGGAAGCAGACGCCAGCACUUGGGAAAAUGGAAAUAAUAGUGAUGAGAAUGCAGCUGAUGUAGUUUUUGUUGAACAAGAUGUAGACGUUCCGAGCGAUAAUUCCUUAGACGACGAUCAAGGACUACACCAUGCUGUCAAAAAUCCGCCGCAAAAUAGCAGUGAAAGGAUUGGUACGAAUGUUCCUGUUCCAGUUGCAACAGCUGCUGCUGCUUCUCCUUCGGGAAUUGAUAAUGAAGUCAUUGGUCAGCAAGCGUACGCCAGAACAACCGUGGGAGACGGGAACGCACUGUGUGAUAACCAUUUCGAAGAUUUCCAGAUGCAACGUGAUGUGCUGCACCAUGGAAAAAUAGAAGGGUGCUUUGCGCCGGCAGGAGUGACGGCAGAAAAAAUAAAUCAGCAGACGACCAUUCUCGGGCGCGGGCGCUCCGCGAGUCGCUUUUUGCGACCCGGCGGGAUUACCACCGGGUUCCAAUUUUCUGACCGACGAAACGGCUCGCUCGAACGGGAAAGGAAGAUGAUGGGAGUAACGACUACCCGCCUAGAAGGGCCGCAAUUGCGGUCGGCCAGCGUCCAGCCUAAGAGCAUGCAGCAUCAACUUCAGCUAGAAGUAGAGUCUGCUAGUACCAGUAGCACGUCUCGCAGGAGAUUGUUACAACCAUCCCCUUCUCUUUCUGCUUCGGCGGCUCUGAGAAGCAAAAGCUCAAUGCUCGCAGCAGGGUCGUUUGUUCAUCAGAUGAAUCAUGCUGGAAAUAAAUUGGAUGCUGGCACGAUCGGAGUUGUAAUUCCACCAGCCGCGGAUCAAUCUCAUGAAUUGAAGACGGGUAAUAAAACUAAAUUUGUCACGCCCACACUUCAGGAGCCCAAAAUUCCAGCACCCGCUGCGCACGCCGGGCUGCGCCCAUUGUGGUCGCCCCGGGAACAACAGCCGCCACGGCCGGAACAAGGAGAAAUGAAACAGAGUAGUUUGACCAGCGCCCCUGUAAUUCCUGUGGUCACGACGAGCACGACCAGUCAACAGCAAGAACACCAAGAAGCUGAGGUGCAGCGUCCUCCCUCUGCUGUGUCGUGUUCUUUGCCAUCGGGCACCAGCAAAAUUUCUUCCGGUAGCGCGACCCCUGCGCAGCUUUUGACGACGCCCCGACAGCUGUUGCAGCCGGCGGCGCAACAGACCGCAGCCCUGAGUGCGACGAGUUUCCUUUUUCCGACGCGUGGGCCACCUCACUCCAGCGCCGUGCCGUCGCCGAUUCCAACCCCGCGGUUCGGGUUCGGCCGGGACAGCCGGAAAAACUCAAACACGUUCAGCUUCGGAAACUUGGCAACCUCCUCCCGGUUGCCUUUCCCUCUGCAGGCCGGAACCAGCGGGUGUCUCCUUGCUAAAAACUCGAGCCCCAGUGCGCCUUCGCGGUGAAAAAGUUCGAACAGCAUGGUGAUGAAUGGAAAUGGUCAAGUCGUUGCACUUGAUGCCGCCUCCGGGUUUUCUUGCCUAUUUUGGAAAAAGUAAAAGAACAAUUACAAUACGUACUACGGAUACGAAGAUAAAGUGGUCGACAAAAAAUGGAUAUAGACGAAAACUCACUUGGGGUUGCACAAUAGCAUUAAGGCGUCCAAAUUGUUGAAGCAGAACCAACAGCUUCUCAGUUUAUACAUACAAAUGAAUAACCACGACAAUUGCACCACCGUUUCUGUCGAUUUUGUAGCCUUUUUUGAUUUCGUUUGCGAGCGCAUCAUGAACGCAGCUAGCGUGACAUUCAUAGAACAGAUGAGUUCUUCUUCCUGUGGAGCUGAUUUCUUUACACUUCCGCAGGAGCUGCAACUCAAAGAACUAAAUUGAAAAACUAUAAAAGUAUAAUGUGGGAGCAACUCCCGACGGCCUAGCGAUGAAACGACAUAAAAUGUACCUGACGACGAAAAAACCUAAUUGUAAUUGCUGCUUUUCCCCAUGCCACUACCAUUACGUAGAUGCUGCACGAUAAUGUUGCCGAUUUUUGUUUCCUCUUCUUCUGAU